GCCGCCCAAGUCGAGGAAGCAGAGGAGGAGAAGGCCUGGCGGCAGCCUCCUGAAAUGGUGGAGGUUGGCAUCCUUACGGAAACCGAAGGCGAUUCGGUUCCUUCCCCUGGCCGCGAGGCGCUGCGAUUCCGCCUCGCCGAAGCUGAGGGCCGGCUGAUGGGCCACAUGGAUACCUCGGCCACCCAGUUGGAGUUCCUUGAGGCGCGGCUGCGCCGCGCCCUGGCGUCGAAGAACGACGUCAUCGACGAGCUCAAGGACGAGCUGGGGCGCCGGGAGGCGGAGAUCUUCGAAGCGCGGAGCAUCCUCGCCGGAUUGGCGACCGAGGUGGAGGAUGUGACCGAGGCGUUUUGCAUGGCCGAAGCGGUCCAGAAGCAAUGCUUGAGGUGGUCUAUACCUGAAGCUGCACAGAGAGCCGGGUGCUCCAAGAGGUUCGACUUGGGCUCAAGAGCCAUGAAAAUACAGAGGUUGUUGAGGCGUGGCGCUACGUACGCUUCACCCGUGCCUCAGGACGAGUAUUCGGGCAGCGAAGGUGGUAGCCUGGACCUGGACGUAGAAGAGGAGCUUCACCAGCGGAGCCUUGAUCCCUCGGAUCCCGAUGUCUACUUGGAUGCCUUCUUCGGGCCUUUGUUCUUCAAGCUAGAUCGGAUCCGCAAAGAAGGGUCGGCGAAACCUCGCUUCUCCGAUUACUGGCUCGUGAGCAUUUUCCUGCUGCUGAACGUUGGUGUUCAACUGACGAUUGCUCUGAAGAUCGCGCAAGUGGGACAGGAAACCUAUGGAUCCAUUGGCAAGAGCCUGAAUCGUGGCACCUGCUGGAGAAUAUCACAUCAUCCCGAGUUCAUCGGAGCCCUCUAUCCCGAGAAUCUUGGAGGCUUGCGUGACUCCUCGAAAAUUGACUUCGACUGCACCCAGCCGAUGCUGACCUUGUCAAUCUUCCCGGAGAGCUUGGAUACGAACCACGACGGCUUUUGGACCAUUGACGAGGUAGUGGCAAGGCAGGCGCAGCUUGCCAGCUUGGGGAGCAAAAUGGCCGCGGGCAUGAAUAAGACCAUGCUUCGCAUGGCGAAGUAUGAUGAGACGAAUCGCCCAGGCUCACGCAGCACGACUACGAGGCCUGUCAAGCUGGACAUGGAGUUCUUCAAGUUCUACAAAGGAAAGAUCCAGGUCUGCGUGGCCAACGACAAAAACUUGUGUGGAAACCUCGAAGCUUCGAAGCAGCUGCCUAAGAUGCUGGGAGGCGAUGCCCUUGAGGAUGAGGAUCGUGUGGCUGAGUGCGAGGACCUUAUGAGCACUUUCUGUCCGAAAUUCUUCGGAUCGAAUUAUCAGUGGAUCAGCUACGAGACAUCACAGCUCUGUGGCGAGCCUGAGUUUCACCGGGUAGGGGACGUGAACAAGGUAACCUACCAGUCGGUUACGACCUACAAGGGCGAUUCUGAUUCGAUUCUCGGUCACAUCUUCGUCACCUUCUUGGUCUUGAUGCUCUUCGUCUGGAUUAUGCUGAUGCUGAGUGAAUUCCGGAGCAUCUUCAACCUUUUCCAUGUACUUUGGUAUAUGCCCUCGACGAGCGACUCUGACGCAUGCUUUGCAACUGGAGACGAGACCUUCGCAGUCUCCAAGUUGCCAACCUUCCACAAAGUCUUCUCCUUGUUGUUCAUUGCCCUGCCACGGCUCGUGAUCGCGGUGGUGGUCUUGUGCGUGGGCGCAAACUUCCUGGCAAUCACCAACAACUUGCAGGACCUGGUGCUUAAUAGCACUGCUUUGGGGUUCCUCAUUGAGGUGGACAACAUGAUCCACAGUUCCUUGCUGGGCCAAAGCUUCGAGAUUCUCGUGAUGCACCGCUUCGAGGCCGUCUCAGCGCCGAGCCGCGAGCGCGGGGUGGUGCAGUCUUUUGGGGCCUUGGUCGUGUCUCUCCUUGCCACGGGCUGCUUCAUUGCUUACAUCUACUACCAGCCAUUCGGAUUGCAAGCGGUGGGCUUUGGUGUGCAAUGCCUGUGCCACCUGGAGGGUAACUGCUAUGCCCAGCGGCUGCUUCCAGAAGUGGGUUAG